GACGAAACAGGUUAGAGUAUCCUCAUUGAGAGCCUGCGCAUAAAAAGAAUCUUUGCUUUCUGGCGAACUAAACUUUAAUCGUUCACGGCGUAUUUCUGGACGCGUCAUAUGAAGGACUGGAAAAGAAGUUUACUCUUUCUUUUUCGUUUUUGCUCCCGACUACUGGGUUCUUUUCCUCUACGAAAUCAUGGCAGUGAAGGCUGUCCCUUUUCACUCGAAAGAAUACUGGGAAUCACGAUUCGACAAAGAAAAUCAUUAUGAAUGGCUUUCUUCAUGGCAAACUUUGCAAUCACAUAUUGAACCAUACCUUGAGCCGGGAGAACCCAUUCUUCAUCUCGGAUGCGGCAAUUCGACCAUGGCCUUUGAUAUGGCUGAUCGCGGAUACCCACAUAUCGUCAACGUGGACUAUGCACAGAAUGUGGUGCAGAACAUGCGGUCCAUGACGGAUACCAGUCGAUACCCACAUGUUACGUGGCACACAGCUGACUGCCUUCGACCCAUUGCAAAGCAAUUGCAGCUGGAUAGUACAGCAGCUUCGCGGGAAGAGUACUCUGUCGUAAUCGACAAGAGUCUAGUCGAUGCUAUUGCGUGCGGCGAUACGGAUGAUCUAGUCAAUCAGCAAAUUUUAGCGCAGAAUAUCAUGUCAGUGACCCGACCGCACGGCAUAUGGAUUUCGCUUUCUUUCUCGGGCGAGCGGGAACAUGUUGCUCAGCAAGGCAAAUGGACAUGGCGUCGUGAACACGCUGUACCUAUCAAAGCGGAUCAAUCGCACGAUAAACCAGGAGCACCCCAGAUUUAUUAUUGGUUGUAUAUCAUGCGCAAGACCGAAACGUCGUAAAAACCAAAGUAGAUUAAUUGUAGUCUUGUUGUUAUGUACAUUCAACUCCAUUUGGUUUAUUUUUAUUUCUGAA